AUGAUCAUCUUUAUUCACCAACCCAGGGUAUUCAUAAAACAGAGGCCUAACGAUCGGAUCCCCAUACCUAGUGUGCUCAUAGAACAACGUAUACAAAACAGGCAAAUGCUUGUACCUCGUUUUAAUAGCCGUUCUUAUGACCUCCUGGACGUCAUUACCAAACAAAUAAGGUUCCCUUCGCUUCGUGUCCUUGUUAGCAUGCCCUCUGUAAAACGGCAACCAAAUACCAGCCUGAAAAGACCAACAACCAACGUAAAUACUGAUUUGCAUCUAAAAAAUCCAGCUCACCUGGUACCACCUCUGCAGCAACUCCGGUUCCGGAUCGUUGAAGAACCCGCCGAUGUCGGCGCCGCAGAACACCAUGCCCACUAUGUUGGAGAGCAUGCACUCCGAGUAGCUGGUACGCAGGUAAGGCCAAUCGGCUGUGUUGUCUCCCGUCCACAUGGCCGCGUACCGCUGGGACCCAGCGAAAUGGGAACGGGUCAAAAUGAAGGGUCUUUUGGUGUUGUCUCGGUUCAUGAGACCUUGAUGGUAAUUAUUACCUGA